AGGCUCUUAAUUUGCAGAGAAUGUUCUCUGGGCUGGGACAGAAGGAGAGCUUCGUGCUGAUCAACUGGAACACGCAUCAGGUUCUCACGGGCUGCAAGAAGGAUAUGGAGACCAAGACUUUUGUCUGCAAGAACACGGAGGAGCAAGCUUCUAUCGAGUGAAGGAUUGCGAUUCAAUUGAGGAUGUUUCAUCACAAAGAAAGAAUGACGAGGAGAGCUGCAUGGCUGAUCUGCGGGACAGCCUGUUUGGCCCUCGUGCUGAUUGCCGUCUCCUCCAAUGGCGCGAGGAAGCGAUCCGCUAUGUUGUGGGAUCGAUACCCAGGUCGCAGAUUGGGCUUCAAGGGGUAUCCUCGCAGACAAGCCUUGACGUACGAUCCUUUGGUGGCCGAGUACAACUACCACUAUGAGAACAACCCUGAGUCGGAUCAGUUUCAACCUCUGGCUUCGUGCCCAUGGUGCUUCAGCACAGGACAAGGUCUUCCCUUGCAAGCCCGCAGGCUGAGGAGAUCACAGGGCAUGCUGAAGCAGCUGGCCAGGGGGAGGACGCAGAUGCUAGAGGAGGUUUCUGACUUUCCAGACAUCGAGGACGACGAGGAGAUAAAGGAGCAGAGAAACUCUGUAAAGAAGCUCUUCAGAGCCUUCGAGCCCGUAUCGGAGCAGAUGAACAAGCUCUCAGAAGCUGAGAAGAAGGACUACGCAAACUUCUACCGCGCCUACUCCGCCUACCAACUUCCUCAUCCCCUCUCCGUGGACGGGCCAUGGCAACCGGAGAUUGAGUCGCUAGGAGACGACCUACCUCCCUACCUCUACCCCUACAGUGAGGCCUACUACCCCAACGGGGGUACCACGAAGCCCACGGUCACCAUCAACGCCAACGGAGCGUUCAGCAGCAAUUCCUUCCAUGUCACUGGCCCACAGAGUAUCAACGUGCAGAUCGGAGGAGGAGGAGGAGGGGAGGAGAAGGAUUCAAGCUACAUCUACCCUGACGGCAAGCAUGCGGUUGAGACCUCGUCCCCGAAGACUGUAGCGAAGCAGGUGGUUGGACGGCCUGUGGUCGAUGGUUAUGAAGGAGGCGAAGAGGUGAAGGCGACUUGCGAUCCGGAAAACCCGGACUGCGGGUUUUGGCAGGACGUGUACGACGAUGCGUACUACUGAUCUUACCAAAUAUAUCCCUUAACGUUGUUUGUACACACGGAUAGAUUCUUGUCAAUGCUUUGUCACUUUAUAAACUGAAAUUAG